CCCUGCCCAUUUCCGCUCGUGGACGCAGAGCAGAAGAAAGAAAGAGAAGGAGAGAAGAAUGGAGAAAGAAAAGAAGGCGAAGCAGAGGAAGCCAUUGCAGCCCUGCAACAGCAACAGCAAUAAUGAUAAUAUCAGCAAUGUCAAUGGCAAGAGUAUUGAAGAAACAUACCAGAAGAAAAGUCAGCUGGAACACAUCCUGCUCCGCCCCGACACCUAUGUUGGGUCCAUCGAGAGGCACAAGCAGACGAUGUGGGUGUAUGAGAAUGGAGGCAUGGUGCACAAGGAGAUUGAAUAUGUGCCGGGGCUGUACAAGAUCUUCGAUGAGAUUCUGGUCAAUGCAGCCGAUAACAAGGAGAGGGACCCCAAAAUGAAUUCUGUCAAGGUGGAGAUCAGCGAGGAGGACAGAAGAAUCAGCAUCUACAAUAAUGGCGACGGUAUUCCCGUGGAGAUUCAUCAGCAGGAGGGUGUUUAUGUGCCCGAGCUUAUCUUUGGUCAUCUGCUUACCUCAAGCAAUUAUGAUGACAACGUUAAGAAGACAACUGGUGGAAGGAACGGUUACGGUGCCAAGCUCACUAAUAUUUUCUCCACCGAAUUCAUCAUCGAGACUGCGGAUGGAAGGAGGCAGAAGAAGUAUAAGCAGGUUUUCUCUAACAACAUGAGCAGCAAGUCAGAACCAGUCAUUACCAAGUGCAAAGAGGGAGAAAAUUGGACAAAGGUUACCUUCAAACCUGAUUUGGCCAAGUUUAGCAUGACCGACCUAGAACCUGAUGUGGUUGCUUUGAUGAAGAAGAGAGUACUUGAUCUUGCUGGAUGUCUUGGGAAGGGAGUCAAAGUUGAACUCAAUGGAAAAAUUUUGCCAAUAAAGAGCUUUGAAGACUAUGUAGAUCUCUACCUGUCUCCAGUUAAAGAUUCAGAUUCCAAGCGAGAAAGACAUUUUAUAGAAGUAAAUGACAGAUGGAAGGUUUGUGUUACUGCAAGUGAUGGGCAAUUUCAACAGGUCAGCUUUGUAAAUGGGAUUUCUACUAUUAAGGGUGGUUCGCAUGUAGACUACAUAGCAACUCAAAUAGCUACCUAUCUAAUAAACAUUGCAAAGAAGAAGAAUAAGAAUGCUGCCGCUUCUCUGAAACCACAUGCUGUCAAGAGUCAUUUAUGGGUCUUUGUCAAUGCUAAGAUUGACAAUCCUGCUUUUGACUCCCAAACAAAGGACACCCUGACUACUCGUCAGAAUAGUUUUGGUUCAACGUGCGAGCUUACUGAUAAAUACUUAAAAUCAGUGUCAAAUUGUGUACUUGAAAGUAUACUGGCAUGGGUAGACUUCAAACAAAGAAAAGAGCUUAAGAAAACUGAUGGAACUAAGAAAAAAGGAUGUCAUGACAUCCCCAAACUAGAAGAUGCAAAUAAAGCAGGAGGAAAGGAAUCUGAGAAGUGCACUUUAAUUUUAACAGAGGGUGACUCAGCCAAGGCUCUUGCUUUGGCAGGAAUAACUGUUGUUGGUCGAGAUCACUAUGGUGUGUUUCCUCUCAGAGGUAAGCUGCUUAAUGUCAGGGAAGCCUCACAUAAACAGAUUGCGGAAAAUCAGGAGACUGAAAAUAUAAAAAAAAUCCUUGGUCUACAGCACGAUAAAGUAUAUGAAAACAUCAAAUCUUUAAGAUAUGGCCAUCUGAUGAUAAUGACAGAUCAGGAUCAUGAUGGUUCCCACAUCAAAGGAUUGCUGAUCAACUUCAUACACCAUAACUGGCCAUCUUUGCUUAAAAUUCCUUCAUUUCUUGUGGAAUUUAUCACUCCUAUUGUUAGGGCAACACACAAGAAUGGAAAAGUAUUAUCCUUUUACACCCUUCCUGAGUACGAAGCUUGGAGAGAGUCAGUAAGUGGAUCAAUAUCAGGCUGGAGCAUAAAGUACUAUAAGGGUCUGGGUACCAGUACUUCAAAAGAGGGUAAGGAGUAUUUCAGUAAUCUGGAAAAGCAUAAAAAGGAUUUUGUGUGGGUUGACGAGCAAGAUGGUGAUGCGAUUGAACUAGCCUUCAGUAAGAAGAAGAUAGAGGCCAGGAAAAACUGGUUGAGACAAUUUGAGGCAGGGACUUAUUUGGACCAGACUGAAAAACUGAUCUCUUAUAAGGAUUUUGUGAACAAGGAGCUCAUACUAUUUUCCAGGGCUGAUCUGCAAAGAUCUAUUCCAUCAAUGGUUGAUGGCUUGAAGCCAGGGCAAAGGAAAAUUCUGUUUUGCUGUUUCAAGCGGAAUUUUGUCAAACAAGCAAAGGUUGCUCAAUUCUCUGGAUAUGUCUCAGAGCAUUCUGCAUAUCAUCAUGGUGAGCAAAGUCUUGCAAGCACAAUUAUUGGAAUGGCACAAGACUUUGUUGGAAGUAACAACAUCAACCUUUUGCUUCCAGUUGGACAAUUUGGAACUAGGAAUGCGGGUGGUAAGGAUGCUGCAAGUCCUCGAUAUGUAUAUACAUGCUUGUCACCUAUAACACGCUUCUUGUUCCCAAAAGAAGAUGAUGUUCUCAUGGACUACUUGGAAGAAGAUGGCCAAUCUAUUGAACCGGCAUGGUAUGUUCCAAUCAUACCAAUGGUGCUUGUGAAUGGAAGUGAAGGAAUUGGAACCGGUUGGAGUACCUUCGUGCCAAAUUACAAUCCAAGGGAUGUUGUUGCAAAUGUAAGACGCUUGCUUAAUGAUGAACCUAUGCAGCCAAUGGACCCUUGGUACAAGGGUUUUAAGGGUAAGAUUGAACGGACAGCUACAAAGGAGAAUGGUGUGACCUAUACAAUCAGUGGUAUUAUAGAGGAGAUUGACAGCACAACAUUGAGGAUUACUGAGUUACCUGUUCGUAAGUGGACAGAUGAUUUCAAGAGCUUUUUGACAAGUAUGAUUACCAAUAAAGAUAAAGAUCCAUUCAUAAUGGAACUUGAUAAUCACAGUACAGAUACAAGGGUCCGUUUUGAGGUAGCAUUAUCAGAAGAGAAGAUGACAAACGCUCUUCAAGAGGGCCUAUCAAAGAAAUUUAAGCUAACCACUGUUAUCAGUACCAGCAACAUGCAUCUCUUUGAUGCAAAUGGUGCCAUUCAGAAAUACGAGACUCCAGAGCAAAUACUGGAGUGCUUUUAUCACAUCCGAUUGGAAUUCUAUGUAAAGAGAAAGAGAGUUCUAUUGGAUAACCUCCAGAUUGAGUUACUUAAGUUGGAUAACAAAGUUAGGUUCAUUUUGGGAGUUGUAAAUGGAGAAAUCAUAGUGAGCAAAAGGAAACGUGCAGAACUGCUGCUUGAGUUAAAGAACAAGGGGUUUACUCCAUUUCCCAAAAAGUCAAAAGCUAUUGAGGCAGCAAUUGCGGGAGCGUUGCCAGAUGAAGUACCUCCUGAAGACGAGAGUACAGAGACUGCAGAGGGUGUUAAUGGUGAGACUGUAGAGGGUGUUCGUGCUGGUGAUUAUGAAUAUCUGCUUUCCAUGUCAAUUGGAACAUUGACACUGGAAAAAGUUCAGCAAUUAUGUGCUGAGAAAGACCAGCUUAGUGAGGAUGUGGAGGAGCUGAAAAGGAAAUCACCCAAAUCAUUAUGGCUGAAUGACCUUGAUAAUUUCAUCAGGGAGUUGGAUGCACUAGAAUUGCAAGAGGCCAAGGAUGAUGAGCAUGAACUGAGAAAUAUGUGUGGUAAUGCUGCUAAAAUAUUUAGAAAAGUCGGUAAAAACCCCAAGAAAAACACUAAAACAACUUCUGCUUCUGAAAAAGCUGAUUCUCAUACAACCAAUAAUUCUGAGGCAGCCACUGUUUCUACUACAACAGUUACUACAGAGAACGCGAAAAAGUCGGAAGCUGCAAAACCCAAGAGGGGAGGUGGCAAAAAGGGAGCUGCCAAAAAGCAAAUGGAAGUGGAUGAUGAGGAUGAUGAUGGACUAGAUGUCAGCCUGCAAGAGAGAUUGGCAGCCUACAAUGGCGGGUUAUCAGCUGAACAUUCAGCUGUUGAGGAUCAUGGUAGCAGGCAGAGUUCACCAACCGAGGACUUAAACCCAAAGCAGAGAAAUGCUGAUCGACAAGCUAAAAAGGCUCCUCCUUAUGUUGAUAUGUCAGAUGAUGAUGUUGAUACAAUGGAAACCAUUCCAGAAGCAUCGGAGGAAGAGGAGAAAGAACAACCAAAAAGGAAAACUGGCCCAAACAGGAAGAAGACUGCCAAUGUGAGAGGAAGGAAGGAAAUUAUUCUUAGUGACAGUGACUCCGAGUUUGCAAUUGACGAGGAUUCUGAAUCUGAUUAUGAGGAAACUGUUCCUAAGAAAGGUGGAAGGAAGCCUGCUGAUAACGAAGCAAUGCCGCCCAAAAAAAAUGCUAAAAAACCAAAUUCCACGACAGCCCCCGUAGAAAAGAAAAGAGGACCAAAAAAUGCAACACAAGGGCAAAAGAAGAUUGAUGAAAUGCUGAAACCUACUGCAGACAAUGCUACUGGUGUUGAGGCAUCACCUUACAAAAAUUCUCCUAAGAAGAAAGUUAGGAAAAUGAGACCGUCUCCCUUCAACAAGAAAAGUGGCUCAGUUAUGCCAAAACUUAACGAGGAGAAUGAGACAAGUCCUCAGAGUGGUGAUGGCUCCGCCGGUUCAUCCUUUAGUCCUGAAGAGGUGAACGAGUUACCAAAGCCAGUUGCACAAAGGAGACCCCAAAGAUCUGUUCGAACUACUGUGCAGUAUGUCUUGAGUGACAGUGAUGAAAAUGAUGAAGAUGAGGUUGCAACAGAGGAUUCCGACUUUGAAGAAGAUGAUUAAUGAACUUGGAAAAAACAAUACAAUUUUUAAUAAUGUACAGCCUGAAAUGCUUGACCUAUAAUUGAUUAACAAAUGUGGAGUAUCUUAUGAAUA